UCACAACCAUUAGUCGGGGAGAAGUUCUGGGCGGUCGCACAUCCUAGACUCGAAUUCGAAGGGAUUGAGGAUGGCGACAUCGACAAGUACCUCAAGUUUAGCGACGACUACAUUGACGAGCGAUAUCGAUGGGAGGCAGUGUCAUUGACUAAUCGGAAUGCAUUUUUCAUGCGACCUAAUACGUUGCACUACGUAUUAACACAAGACCCGGCUACUGUUUAUGGCGCACAUUUCUACGCCACAGCAAACAUCCUCGCAACUUGUUCCGGUGUGGUCCACUCUCUUCUCGUCGAUCACCUUGCGACAAAUACUUCACAUCCCGAUCUUAUUCCAAACUUGGCCAUGCUAAACUAUUAUCACAAUGAGGCAUGGUUUCAUCGAAUCGAUAGCCCAUAUCGAGACAUUGUUCCGAAAACAUGUGAUAAACGCAGCAUGCUGUGGUGUAUGGCCAUAUUCUGGAGAGCUCUCGACUGGCGUUCAUACAAGAAGAUCGAGGACCAACAAGUAUACCGUACGGAGGAAGAAUACACGGAAGAAUACGAUUUUCCGGCCACUCAUAGAAUGUGGAUGCAAACCGCGAUGAACGCCGCCGCCGACUCAAUGAUCUACUUGUCGCACAUGGGAUGGGAGGAACUGCCUAAUGUGCCCAGAGGAUACGAAGACGGGCCUUGCGACUGGAAUGAAAUACCAGGCAAACCCCCAGCACUCAGCAUAUUUGGCGUUGCAGACACAUUAGAAUGGGUCCCAUUACGCCUCCGAUGGUCCAUAGCAAGAGUACUUCAUUUCGCCAUUGCUGUAUUUGUUGAACGGCUCCACUUGGAGCAACGACAAAUCUACUUGCAACUACCUAUCCACUACCUGGCGUACUGGCUUGUUCAAGACGUCCUUGCUUUCUUCGACAUCCGCAUCGCCAACACACUUAUGAGAUGGCUAAGCGAAAUAUAUCACCAGUGGAACGAAGGAGAUGAUGUCGAUAUUGUUGAAUGCUUAUACCUCAGCAGUCCGAUAUUUGUCACAGCCCCAUUAUCCAAUGUAGCUGAGUCCAACACCAAGACCUGGAGAGUCAAGCCAUUUGCACCCAAUUCUCGAUCCGUGUUUUCCAGACGAGCUUGCCAAUUCGACUAUUCUACAUUGUCUGCUACAGUUGGACAAAAUGUUAUCCACAGUGAUGAAGAACGUACUGAAAUCACUGGGAAGGACAAUACAGAUAAUGAUAGUCCAGAUAUGCCCUCAGGUUCGGAUUGGGAGGAAAGUUUGAAUAAACGCAAACGGGGCAAACCACGAGGUCGCAAGCGGAAUGCUAAGGGAAAAGGUAAAGCUGUUGAGGCAGAAGAUGUCGAGAUGGAGGACGUUCAGACGAAGCCGAAACGUAUACUGGGCCUUCACUUCCCUUCCGAGGGGUCAAUCCGAGAGUAUGACGCCGCCGUGGACGACAACGGCACAGUUACGACCAGCGACAUCAUGAGUGGCCCAGUCCACAAGAUCACCAUUUGUAUCGACGAAUAUCUACAAGGCUGCAUGCAAAGCUUUGACAUGUAUUACACCUAUGAUCCGUCCACCACGGAGAACAAGUCUAUCAGAGAGCAUCUUGGGCUGGAAUGGCAUGGCGAAGUGUUGAUGAUGAUAAGGUGGCCAGGCCUAGCGGAUCCAUACGCCAAUGAAGAUGAAUAUGGAGACUACGACUAUUGGACAGGAGAAUAUCAUGAUGCUCAGGCGUAUACAGACUAUGAGGCGGAGAUCGAUGAUGGAGAAGAAAAUACGAUGGCUGCGGCAUUGUUCGGUUUGCGCGACCUCCAAGAUCAUUUAUCCACGCACCACACAUUACUCCCGGAAGAUCACUCGUGCUGGCAUUAG